AUGCGUUUCUCUACCUCCGCCAUCUUCGCCGCCGUCGCCAUUGGCGCCCAGGCCCUCCCCCAGGACGUCCAGCCCAUCACCCAGAUCUCCGACGGUCAGAUCCAGGCUCCCCCUGCUACCAGCGCUCCUGCUGGCUCUUACGAGGUCCCCUCGGCUCCGGCCGCCACUGAGGUUCUCCCCUCGGUGACCCCUGUGCCGCUGCCGUCUGUCGUGCCCUCCAGCGCGCCGGCUCCUGUUAAGCCCUCGUCUGCUUACAACACCCCCGUGGCUCCUUCCGUCCCCGCUGGUACCGGAGCUUCCUCUGCCCCGUACCCCAUCUCAUCUGGUGCUGUCUACACCAACGGCACUGUCCUUCCAACCGGUGCUCCCUCCACCUCCGCCCCCGCUGGCGAGUCCUCCUCUGGAUCUCCUCAGCCCACCCAGGGUGCUGGCAGCGGUGCCGCCACUACCUACGUCUCCAUGGGUGCUCUCUUCGCGGGUCUCUUCGCCUUCCUCGCAUAA